GUUUGCCCAAUAACCGAUUUAGCUUCUGUUUUGUUCAACGCUGACUAUGUGUAAAGACUAAAGAUUUGGGAGCCCGAAGGUUUUGUACAAUUCAUAUAAUUUCUGCAAAAUAAUAAGAGAUGGAAAAACGGUCCUCGAAAUUUGCUGUUAUUGUAUUACUGGUGUUCAUAUCAGGCUUACAAUCAGCAGUUGGUGUAAGAUUCGUGAUUGACAGGGAAGAGUGCUUCUCUCAUGAUUUUCAAUAUGAAGGGGAUAGAGUUCAUGUUUCCUUUGUUGUAAUUAAGGCUGAUACACAAUGGCAUUUUGGUAAUGAGGGUGCAGAUCUUGUGGUAAAGGGACCUUCAGGUGAUCAAAUUCAUGAUUCUCGUGACAAGACAAAUGAGAAGUUCGAAUUCAUCACUCAAAGGAAAGGGCUUCACCAAUUCUGCUUCGCUAACAAGUCUCCUUAUCAUGAGACCAUUGACUUCGAUGUACAUGUUGGUCACUUUUCUUACUAUGAUCAACAUGCUAAAGAUGAGCACUUCAAGCCCUUGUUGGAUCAGAUAGAGAAGUUAGAGGAAUCUCUAUACAACAUACAGUUUGAACAGCACUGGCUAGAAGCUCAAACUGAUCGCCAGGCAAUAGUGAAUGAAGCAAUGAGCCGGAGGGCAGUUCAUAAGGCCUUAGUUGAAUCUGCAGCACUCAUUGGAGCCAGUGUUCUCCAGAUGUACCUCCUGCACCGGUUGUUUGAACGGAAGCUUGGCACAUCCAGAGUUUAGAUUAAAGGUAGUGCGAUCAGGUUAUAAAAUCUUUGUGUUGGUAUACCUUGCCUCUCAAGUUAGAACAGAAAGGUCCAGUUGAUAGAAGAAAA